AUGUCCGCCUCAUACCUCGACCGCGCCCGCCUCAAACGCUCCAUUCAGGUCUCUCUGAUCCCCCCAGAAUGGCGUCUGGAGUCGAUCCCUUCAGUUGAUGCCGUUCCGGAUGCAGAGGCUUAUAUCCGAAGCAGCAGCAACAAGUUACUGACGCCGCAAGAACUUGCCAUCACCGAGAUCUCUGAUGUCAAUAUACUACUCGGUAAACUAGCGAGACGCGAGCUAUCGUCUCUCGAAGUCACCAAGGCCUUUGCAAAAAGAGCCGCAUUACUUCACCAGUUGACCACAUGUUGUACAGAGAUCUUCUUUGAAGAUGCUUUUGCUCGUGCGAAGCUACUGGAUGACCAUCUGCAGCGCACUGGCAGGACAGUGGGACCGUUGCAUGGCUUGCCAGUUUCCAUCAAGGACUUGUUCGGUGUAGAAGGUGUAGACACCUGCAUUGCCAUGACAUUGCGCCGAUUGGGCGCUGUUUUAUAUGUCAAAACUAACGUUCCACAAUCAAUGAUGAUGUCCGACUCGUACAACCACGUGUUUGGCCAGUGUGUCUCAUCACUAAAUCGCAACUUCAUUUCCGGCGGCAGUUCAGGUGGAGAGAGCUCGCUUGUCAGUGGUAAAGGCAGUAUACUCGGCAUUGGAACUGAUAUUGGCGGCUCCAUCCGCAUCCCAGCUAAUCUAUGUGGAUUAUAUGGACUAUCGCCGAGCACAGGCAGACAGCCGUACGAGCGCAAUGGGCCCCGACAAGAUAUUAUACGCUCCGUUGCCGGUCCCAUGUCGAGAAAUUUGGCGACCGUGGAAAAAUACAUGGAGGCGUUGCCUGCAGCGAAACCGUGGGAGAUUGAUCCCCAUGUCACCCCAAUUCCAUGGAGAACAGAGCUUUGCACGACAACCAAACGCCUGAAAAUUGGUUAUAUCAUUGAUGACGGGGUUGUCAAGGUGCAGCCCCCGGUUGCUCGAGCUGUAAGAGAAGUUGUUGAUGCGCUGAAAGCUGCUGGUCACGAGGUGGUUGAGUGGGACGCUUCCACACAUUCGCAUGCCUAUGAUAUCUGGGAAAAAGCGAUUCUAGCCGACGGCGGCCAAGGAUGCCAAAGACUCUGCGACCUUAGCGGAGAGCCCCUGAUCGAGGGUAUGCUCGUGGGCAAACCAGAAAACCUACUGACUACGGCACAAACGCAUCAGCUCAACUCGGAUAAAUAUGCAUACGAAAUUGAUUAUCUCCGCCGCUGGACAGCUUCUAAACUGGAUGCCAUUAUCAUGCCUAUCACGCCCUGGGUGAGCUAUCAGCCGGGGACGUGGGUGAAGAGUCACCAAUAUGUGGGAUACACGUCAAUAUGGAAUCUGGUAGACUAUCCGUCUCUUGCCAUUCCGGUAACAAAAGCAGACAAGCAAAAAGAUGGUCGAGGCAGUCAAGAUUGGCGAGAUCAUCGACCACGGAAUAAGAGUGACGAAUUCAACCAUAAGCAAUUUGAUAUUGAUCUCGUGCACGGAAUGCCUGUUGGUGUACAGAUUGUGACUCCGAAAUUACAGGAAGAGAAAUGUAUUGCUGUGGCAAAGGUGGUGGAGCAAAGCCUUCGUCUUGCAAAUGCCGCGUCCUCGAGACUGUAA